UGUUUGUGAGACGCACGCACAACAAUGAUGUCCAGUUCACUUAUUACAAAAAGUCAUACAGCAGGCCCAUGUUGCCCAUCCUUUGAUUGGAGGACAUGUUGUGUGAGGGAGGAGGGAGGGGGUGUGGAGAGAAAAAAAAUAAGAAAGAGAAAGAAGAGAAUAAUUGUGUUCCUGUUCUGUGUUCCUGUCCUCAGCUCUGUGUUUAAAGUGUCAGGUCACAAGCGGACAGCUCCCGGAGCCCUGAACCCUAACCCUAACCCUGAAUCCUAACCCUGAACCCUAACCCUAAUCAAGAUUAAAACUGGUAUGAUUGAUAUUGUUUCAAGCUGAGCCCUAAAUCGUCCAACCUCCUUACACAAUGAACUAGUUCCUAAUUACCAUCCUGUUCCAAUUUCCAAAUUGAACAGCUUCCCCAUGAAACACAGACAGUUGUACAGACACAGUUGAACAGACAGACAACUCUACAGACCGUUAUACAGGUAGCUAAGCCAUGAAGCGAUUGAUUUAAACUGUAAUUCACAAAGAUUAUAGAAUACAACGAUGAAGUUGAUAAUCUUUUUAAAGAGUUUACCCAAUCUCCAGGGAUUAUCUUGGGGUUACUGGUCCUGUUUGGGGGGGGGGGGCAGGGAGACAGAUAGAGAGCAAGCAGAAGUCGUGACUCUUUCUGCUCCACCCCUCUCUUGUUUUACCUUGGCUGAAGAUAAACACUAAAAAUACACCCGUCCUAAUCUCCUAAGCAGAAAGAGGUAAGAGUUAGACCAUGAGCUGCCUGGUGGACAGCACCCACCACCUCCCUGCAGUCAGGCUAAGUCCUGCAGAGAUAAUACCUGCUGUCCACGCAACCAGGACUUCCUGUCUGACAGACACCCCUGCUCCACUGCCCUCCUCCCAAGUUCUCCUGCCACGUUCUCCUGCAUGGUGUCACACUUGGAGUCUGUGUGUAACCCGGGUUGUUGGGCAGAGAGAUUGAGUGGCCUGAACAUGCCCACCCUCCCUAGCCUCGGCCGCAUGUGUGGCUCCAGCCACAGAGACGACAUGGUGGUUCUGGACCGAGUCAAGAGGAAGAACUCAGUUCGCCGCAUGUCCAUCAUCGAGGACGGCCAGGUGGCCGAGGUUCUCUACCUCAUCCCCAAACAGUCCAUGAUGGAGCAGCUGCCAUUCCUCAACCCCAACGACUACAUCCUGUGUGAGAAGAUGAUCGGCGUGCCCGUCGAUUCACCGCCGGGUAAGAGGAUGGGAGGCGAUGGCUUCUGCAUCACACCUGGAUACACAUCCAUCACACCUGGAUACACAUCCAUCCCACCUGGAUACACAUCCAUCCCACCUGGAUACACAUCCAUCACACCAGGGUUACACAUCCAUCACACCUGGAUACACGCCCAUCACACCUGGAUACACAUCCAUCACACCUGGAUACACACCCAUCACACCUGGGUUACACAUCCAUCACACCUGGAUACACACCCAUCACACCUGGGUUACACAUCCAUCACACCUGGAUACACACCCAUCACACCUGGAUACACACCCAUCACACCUGGGUUACACAUCCAUCACACCUGGAUACACACCCAUCACACCUGGAUACACAUCCAUCACACCUGGAUACACACCCAUCACACCAGGGUUACACAUCCAUGUGGUGGUUCUGAGGAGGUUUCUUUUUCCCAGACCCAGCAGCGGCCAUCCUCCAGGCCCUCUCCUCUCAACUUCUUCUUCCCUCUGCCUCACGUCCCGGCUAGAACUGUGAGAAAGCCUGAGCCCACCAGGUGCUCCUCUGAGAGCAUCAGCUUCAGACCAGGCUCCUGCCUCCCUGGGGCUCCUGGAAACACCAUCUACGCUAAAGUAGAUGAUGAGAUCAUUGAUUACAGGGCAUUAGCAGCCAUCCCCAGAGUGAAGGCCAUUUAUGAUAUAGAGCGUCCUGACAUGAUCUCGUACGAGGCAGUCCAACCCUCGUCCUCCACGCUGCAGCCCCGAGGAGAUAGACAGGACAGGCUCAGCCCUAUCGAGCACCAGAGAGCUGCUAGCGUCAGCGUGCCCAGACGCACUGAGACACCCCAGUCCUUGCCUUCUGAGCCCUCCCCUCUGCUUGAGGACAUCUCACCGAGGACCAUGUCUCCCUCAGCUGAGGGUUGCUAUGACAUGAGAGAGCGCAUCAUGCAGAGAUCCACUAGCCAAGGAUCCAUCGGGUCCCCCACCGACUACAAUCGCCAUAACUACACUCCAACACUGUCACGGUCGCCACAACACUUCCAUCGACCAGGCAUACUGAAGCUAACUUCCUGUUUGCGUUCUGGUCCUAAUGACACCCGUCCCACUUCCCCUUUCCGUCACCAUUUCCUCCCUCACACCAAAGACUCUUUCUACGUAGGCACUGAGCUGUCAAGCGGCCGCAGCUCCCCCCUCUCUCGGCCCGCCACCCCAACCCUCUCUCUCAACACUAAACAUUUCCACGUCCCAGAUCAGGGCAUCAACAUGUACAAGAAGCCUCCUAUUUACAAGCAGCAUGAUUCAGCUGCCAUGGUAGCUCAGAGCAAGUCCGCUGAUGACAUCAUCAAAUCUGCCAAGUUCCCCGCUGCCCGAACCCCCCGCCCAGACGAAACACCAAAGAUCGAGACUGACUACUGGCCCUGCCCUCCCUCGCUUGCUGCCCUAGGGUCAGAGGGGCGGGGCCAGUCACGGGACGAGGAAGACGAGGAGUAUCAGAAAAGACGUCAGAUGCAGGAGGAACAUCUCAGCAAGAUCCAGUCAGGUCUGGGGAAGCUGAUUCUGAAAGAGGAAAUGGAGAGAGAGAGGAACCGUGGUCGUCAGGGUCCCCCAGCCCAGUGCUCCGACCCCCAGCACACCAACAGCACCAACGAUCCCAGCUCGCCCACCUGCAGAGCGUCCUCCUUGCCAGGCUACGGUCGCAACGGACUGCACCGGCCCCAGUCCUCUGAGUUCAGCCAGUACAACAGCUCUGGAGACGUCUCUGGAGACAGUAGAGACUUUAAGCUCAUCCGUGAUGGUCCGGGUCCACCAGCACGGAUGGACAGAGGAGUGUCCAUGCCUAAUAUGUAUCUAUAUGUGUACCCAUACGAAAUGCUCACUAUCACCAACAGAGGGCGUAUGAAACUCCCCAGGGAUAUCGACAGGACCAGACUUGAGCGCCACCUAGCUCCUGAGUUGUUCUUCGAGAUCUUUGGGAUGGAGAUCCAGGAGUUUGACAGACUUCCUCUAUGGAAGCGCAACAACAUGAAGAAGAAAGCCAGACUGUUUUAGACACGGUCCCUGCAUGUUUUCAUUUAUCAAUCACUCCUUUUGUGUACAUACAUGUAGAUCUGUCUCUGGUUUGUUUGCUUUUGAGAGUUACACACUAUGAAGGAGUUUCCUCUUUUUGCCUCAACAAAGGAGUCAUAAUUUUUCCCCUGACACCUGAUGCUAGAUUUUAAAUGUGUUUAACUUCAUAAUGACAAAGAGUAGAAUGAUGAGAAAUGUGUAUGUAUUUCUCAGAAUAAGUAUUCACCCCUUUGUAUAUUUAUCUUUCACCUAAAAAAGAAGUAUUCAGUAUACCACCAAUUUAAAAAAAAUAUCUCACCUGUCCUGUUUGUCAGACUGUCAUCGCCCCUGACAACCUGACUGGUCGUCAUCCAGUCUUUUUAACUGAUUCCUCCUUUUCCAAACUAUAGGAAUAUAUUUACUAACCUGUUUCUACUUAAAUCUAUUAAAUUAGCCAUUUUCAGUACAUGUCAGUACACAGUAACGUUGCUGUAGGAAACAGAUGAUGUCACAGGUCAGUUCCCCAUAACUUUGACUCCAGCUGCCUUAGGAGGAGCACAAGUUCACUAAACACAGAAAACAACACCUGCAGAAAACAACACCUGCAGAAAACAACACCUGCAGAAAACAACACCUGCAGAAAACAACACCUGCAGAAAACAACACCUGCAGAAAACAUCACCUUCAGCAUGUAAAAGAAAACAACAUGAGGAUUUCUCAGUGUUGGAUCUGUGGCAACCCAAUAGGACCCCAAUGCUACCAGCUGUCUGGAAAAACUGACUACAGUCAGGUUAGAAUACAAACUAAUCAGUAUUGUAAAUGUGGCGAAAUAUCCCUUUAAAGCUCUGUAAUCCAAGCACAUGAUGCAGUAUGUCUGAGUAGCUAGACUGUGUCCCAAUCCAUAUGAACGCUGUCCUGUUUGAGAUAUUUAAAAAUGAUGUGAUAUUAAUUUUAAGAUAGCAAUUGAAAGUCAAAGCAUAUUCUGCCCUACACUUUAACCGAGAUGUUUUAAUGUGUUGCAGAAGCACCAAGCCAGUGUUCCUGCUUGUGUGUUUAGAGUUCCUGUUCGAGCCGUGUGUAUUCAGACGUCAACCCAGUCAGUAACGCGUGUGCUGUAACUACUGCAGCCGUUCAGGCGCCCGUAGAGAGCUAGGCUGUACAUCCCGUCACUGUUGAGCUCAAAUAGACUUUUUGUGCUGGAAGACAUUUGUCUUGGACACAUACAGUUUCAAAAUAACAUUGUGUAUAUGUACUGUCAGAGGCUCCAGAACCAAUCAAAUUGGUGGGCGUUUAUUUUCACAAGGGGGAGAGAGUCAAAAUAAGAGCAGACUUACAUAUUCUGCAGGAAAAUGUAGCCAUCUUGAUAUUUAAUUUAUAGCCAAUGCCAGUAUUAAAGGAAUAUAUUGUAGAGGAGAUGGGAAUAAUUGAGUCUGGACAAAUUUUGUCUUUUGGAACACAAACUUGUGUGUCGUUGAAUUCGCAUUUUGCGCAUAAUUGCAAACUUCACUUAAGUUUUAAACCAAGCAGGCUAAUAAGAAAGGUAUCGUAAUAAAGCAUUAUAUAACAAUUCAUUAUUUUAUUUAUUAUUUUUAAAGCGUCAUCAUAUCAAUUCAGACAGAAUUAUGACACACUUGUACUUUAACAAAACAUUUUUUUGAUGGGGCACAGCAUUCCAUUUGGUCGGCCCGUGCCUAAAACCGCCCCUGCCCGUGGUGGUGUUAAACGUGUGAUAAACGCGAAUUAAAUAAACGGACAUGUUGGGGACCCAAUUAUAUUAGAGCUAUGCAAGUGGGCCGCCAAGUGGAAAAGGUUGGGAAUGACGGAUGUACACAAACAGUGCGGUGAAAAUGAAGCUGCCUCAUCAGAAUGUUCAGGCCGCUCAAUACUUUAGUUGUUAUGAGCUAAAAACAAUGUGUGUUAGGGUUGUGGUGUUGGGUCAUAAAAUACCAGAAUACUAAUAACAGUUUUAGAUUUGGAUUUCUUAGUCCAGUUUGCAAGGGUCAACCCGAGCUUGACACCCCCUGACGCCAUGUUCUUGCUGCGGGGUGUUUAAAGAUUAUACAACAGAUUUCCACAGAAUGUUCCACUGAUCAAUUCCAUCUGAUCUAAAUAAUUUCAAUACAUUUAACAAUUUAAAUCUAAUUGUUAAAGUUGUACUUUGGAUAGUUUGUAACCAUUUAGUUUAAAUUUGAGAUAUUUAAAUCAGUUCGGUGGGACAUUUGUCAUGUAGCCUAAUAUGUUAUUUUUAUUUUAUUAAAAGAGCACCCUUAUCUCCACUCCACAACUGAAUAUCUAUAGUUUUAUUUAUUUCAAAAUUGAAACAUUUAUGUAUGUAUCAUUCAGAAGUGGAAUUAAGGGUUUUACAAAUCAAAAGGAUUGGAAACAAGUCUACUGUGACUGAUCUGUCUUGAUUUGUUAGCUGGACAGAAUCCCCCCCCCCCAUCAAAGCCCCUCCUCUUCCGGAGCUUUUUUUAAUCUACACCUUCUGGAGUUUCGGUACAACAUGCAAUACAGUACAUCUAUGUCUGCAUAUCACUUUGAAUAAACCUACAUUUGAGAAA